GUGCCCGUGCGCCUCGCAGUUGUCGCGCAGCACCCGCGCCGCCGCCACGAAGUCCUUCCGCACGGCGUCCAGCAAAAAUUCUGACAGAUGCUUUUGAUGGGAAUCCUCCCUCCUAGUAUGUCUGAGUGCCAGGGAUAUCGAGAACGCCCAGAGAUCGGACGUUGUUUAUUUUCUCUGCCUCGACAUCCCAAUCUAAACCCCAAUCUAAACAAUGGGACUACAACUGACUGCUGUCAAGAAGUCAUUGAACAGGAGGAAGCAUCGCCUUAUUCUUUGCUUGACAUCUGUUUGAAUUUCCUGACUGCCAACCUAGAGAAGUUUUGUACAGAAAGGCAAGAUGGAACGCUCUGCCUACAGGAGCCGGGAAUGUUUCCUCAAGAAGUGGCUGAUCGAUUGCUGCAGACGAUGGCAUUUCAUGGGCUGCUGAAUGACGGAACAGUGGGCAUUUUCCGAGGCAACCAGAUGCGUUUGAAACGAGCUUGUAUCCGGAAAGCAAAAAUCUCCGCUGUGGCUUUCCGGAAAGCAUUCUGCCAUCACAAGCUGGUAGAACUUGAUGCUACUGGGGUGAAUGCAGAUAUAACAAUCACGGACAUUAUAAGUGGACUUGGCAGCAAUAAAUGGAUCCAACAAAACCUUCAAUGCCUUGUGCUGAACUCAUUAACUCUUUCCUUGGAAGACCCCUAUGAAAGGUGCUUCAGUCAGCUCUCCGGGCUUCGUGCAUUGAGUAUUACCAACGUUCUGUUCUACAAUGAGGACUUGGCAGACGUUGCUUCCCUUCCUAGAUUAGAAAGUCUGGAUAUAUCAAACACCUCUGUCACUGACAUAACUGCACUCCUUACCUGCAAAGACCAUCUCAAAUCUUUGACCAUGCACCACCUGAAAUGCUUGAAAAUGACCACAACACAGAUUUUGGAUGUUAUAAGAGAACUAAAAUAUCUAAAUCAUCUGGAUAUUUCAGAUGAUAAACAGUUCACAUCAGACAUAGCACUUCGUUUACUGGAACAGAAAGAUAUCUUGCCUAACCUCGUGUCUCUGGAUAUUUCUGGAAGAAAGCAUGUUACGGAUAAGGCUGUAGAAGCAUUUAUUCAGCAACGUCCAACAAUGCAGUUCGUAGGACUGCUAGCUACGGAUGCCGGCUACUCAGAAUUCCUAACAGGAGAAGGAAACCUAAAGGUGUCAGGAGAAGCAAAUGAAACUCAGAUUUCUGAAGCACUGAAGCGUUACAGUGAACGGGCCUUCUUUGUGAGAGAAGCACUCUUUCAUUUGUUUAGUCUGACACAUGUAAUGGAAAAAACAAAGCCUGAAAUUUUAAAGCUUGUGGUUAUUGGAAUGAGAAAUCACCCCCUGAACUUGCCUGUGCAGUUAGCAGCAAGUGCAUGCGUCUUUAACCUAACCAAGCAAGACUUAGCAGCAGGCAUGCCUGUACGACUUCUGGCUGAUGUCACUCACUUGCUCCUGAAGGCCAUGGAACACUUCCCAAAUCAUCAACAGCUGCAAAAGAAUUGCCUUCUUUCACUAUGCAGUGACAGAAUCCUUCAGGAUGUUCCAUUUAACAGGUUUGAAGCAGCCAAACUUGUUAUGCAGUGGCUGUGUAAUCAUGAAGAUCAAAACAUGCAAAGGAUGGCUGUAGCCAUAAUUUCCAUUCUUGCUGCAAAGCUUUCAACAGAGCAAACAGCUCAACUUGGUGCAGAGCUCUUCAUUGUUAGGCAACUUCUUCAAAUAGUUAAACAAAAAACAAACCAGAAUCUUGUAGAUACUACCCUCAAGUUCACACUGAGCGCACUUUGGAACCUCACUGACGAAUCUCCAACAACAUGUCGGCACUUCAUUGAAAAUCAAGGGCUAGAACUUUUCAUGAGAGUCUUGGAGUCUUUUCCAUCUGAGUCAUCCAUCCAGCAGAAAGUUCUUGGACUUCUGAAUAACAUAGCUGAAGUUAAAGAACUCCACUCGGAGUUAAUGUGGAAAGACUUUAUAGACCAUAUCAGCAAAUUAUUGCACAGUGUUGAGGUGGAAGUCAGCUACUUUGCAGCAGGGAUUAUUGCUCAUUUGAUAUCUCGAGGAGAGCAGGCCUGGACACUAAGUCGCAGCCAGAGGACCUCUCUUCUUGAACAACUGCAUUCUGCCAUUUUGAAUUGGCCAACUCCGGAAUGUGAGAUGGUGGCUUACAGGUCUUUCAAUCCUUUUUUUCCUCUACUUGGCUGUUUCAUGACACCUGGUGUCCAGUUAUGGGCAGUGUGGGCCAUGCAGCAUGUCUGCAGCAAAAAUCCUGCCAGGUACUGCAACAUGUUAAUUGAAGAAGGUGGUUUGCAGCACUUAUACAACAUCAAAGAAAAUGUCCAGACUGAUCCACAUGUACAGCGAAUUGCAAUUGCCAUCCUAGAUAGUUUGGAAAAACAUAUUAUGCGUCAUGGGAGACCACCUCCAUGUAGAAAACAGCAACAAAAUAAACCAAACUGAAAGCUGCAGGUAUAAGAGUGUAAAGUAUUGUCUCUGUAAUAAUCCUUUAUGGUGUGUGUGUACUUGGAGUAACUUGUAAUAUAGUGGUCACCAUUAAAGUGAUUUGCCGAUAAUUGUGGUAUCCAGAACCAUGUAUGGUAACCUAUGGUGAACGUCAACUUUAAUGGCAACCGCAUAUGCAACUUGUAAAAGGAACUAUGGUCACUGCUUGAGCUGGUCAUACCUGUAGGAUUAUUGCUGGCUACAAAAAGAUGGGACUUGUACAGAUCAGUAUGCACAUCUGGAAAAAAGACUUCUAGGAAUAUCUUGUUUUGUGAUUUCUGGGACAGAAAGUUAUUUCAUCCCUAUGAUUGCUGUUUAUAAAAACUGUUUACCAGUUUGGUGUUUGAAUAGAGCUGUUUGUGAUUGUGAGAUUCAACACUUACAGAUUAAAACAAAAGCGCAUGCAUGCAAGUUACAAUGAGACUUGUAACUAAGGCGACCAAAAUGUCCCAUUGCCUCGUAACCUUUCUGAACACGAAUGGGAUCUUCAAUUUCCUUUUCCUUUUGCCUGCAAGCUGUGUUCUUCUGAUUUCCUCACUGCUAAAACAAUGUCUUUUUGCAGCUCAGCUCUCUUGAGUGCUCUCUACUUCAUAAGUAAGGUCGGGAUCAGCACUGCAUCAGGGAAAGGGGAAGCUUGCUAGAGCAAAGCAAUAGCAACAGGAUUAAAAGGAGACAUAAUACUAAAAGGAUGAACUAAGCUUGCAAUUUUAAGCUUGAUGACUAUAAAUCUCUCUUUGUUUGUUUGUUUGAGUACUUUUGGUUGUGUGUGGGAUUUUUCUUUUGCUUUUAGAAGACUGGUAGGGGAAGGAGAAGGCUCAUCAGAGCAAAAUACUGACCUGUCCCCAUUGUGAUGGGGGAUUGCAUGACUUGAUUGGAGGCCCAGGAUAUUUGGUCACCUUAUUUAUGAGAGACUAAUGAUUGCUUUGUUGUUUUCUGUAAAUAUUCUGUCAGUAUUGUGCAGUGAAUUAUAUUUUCAAGAGAUCACAGUGUAUUUUCAAGAUAUCACCUAGUGUUUUGUGUAAACCCUGUGUCAAUUGCAUUGUUUUGUGGAGUGUGAAAUCUUACAUAGAGAUGCUAAUUGUAACAACUUACUACUUUCUCUGAUUCUGGUGGGUUUCAAAUGAUGUGUUGAAUGAAAAAUAUUGCACAGUAUACAGAUGCCUGAUAAAAUACAAGUAAUGGAAGCAAGCUACGCACCAGUUCAAAUUUGCUUUUAUUUCAAGCAUUAUUUCUGUUUAUCUGGUUAAUCUCAAUAUUUCCAUGGCAACUGACUGAUCUUCACACUCUUCUGUAACUGUACUGGUAAUUCGGUUUAAAAAAGGGAAUACUUCUGUUUGGUAGCGUACGGGCAGGGAUGGUUUUUUCAGGAUGAGACUAUUUUACUAUUUUUAACUCCUCCCCUUCUUCCCAUCCUCCCUUUCCUCCCACCAGAGCUCUCAUCCUUCAAAUAAAAACAUCACCUCUAACCUUUAAUCUUGUGUAUUUCAGCAACUUCAAAAGGGAAUGCAUCAGUAAUUUCAUCAAUAUUGUGUGACUGUUUUUUGUACUGAAGUAUAAUUUGGCUAGCAUCAUUUCCCUGUGCAUAUCUGGCUACAUGCAGUUUUCUUGAUUCAUAAAGAAGUGAAACAGGCUGAAGCUUUCAGUCAUGACACUUCUUUGGAAGUGGCCUGCAAGCCUUUCCCACUACCUUUCUGGGAUGUGUCCACUAUGGGACUUGUGCUAUGAAAUUUCCACUGCAUGAAAUGGAAAUACAAGCUGUCAAAAUUGGUGUUAAUGGAAUAUAAAUCAAUCGGUACCACAAGAUUUUAAAAUAAAUAAGACAACUCUCUUUACAGUAAUGUUUUUUUUUCCUGAUAACAGGAGAACUUGCUGAAGUAUAUUAACUAAAACUCUGAAAAUCUACCACUGCAUGCAGCACAAAGCGAGUGUGACAGUAGCAUCAAUCUAGAUGGAGAAGAUACCGCUUCAUGAAAUUCUUCAGCAAGCAAGCACAGAGAUUGUAAAUUUGGUUUUUUUUUUUUUUCAUACCCUUCUUGUUUUGUUCCCAUGUACUCUGGGCCAACAGACAGCGAGCAGAAUUCUUUUAAGCUGAAAAGUAUGAACGGGGCUACAAGGUGCACAUGUAGUGAGAUAACACAGUUUACUCACGUCUGCCGUUACAGUAGUCCCUGCCAGGGUAGAACGCUUGUGGAAGCAGUUUUAAAACUCUGUAUUUGGUAUUUCUCUAGCUGCAUUUGUCAUCUUUUUAUGAAGGCCAAAGAUCUUACAUGUCUCUGCUUUACCUCUGCAGCCUUUUAUAUAAGAAACUUCUUGUAAAUGCAUAAACUGCUGAAGUUACUCCAACUGCCUUAUCUUACUUGCAGUUGAAUUAACUCGGUGGACUAGUGUACUUGGCUUUCGCCUAAAGGCUUAACACGGUAUGAAGUGACUGCCCAUUCCAGUGUGGUUAAGUUAUAUUUCAUAAGCAUCUUUUGAUAACCUAGUUCAUUUACUAAAAAUGCAUUUCUCCAGCUCUGGUGCUUCACUUGCUGUAUGGGUGCAGGCCUGCAAAGGAAGGGACGGUACCACCUAAGCCUGCAGUGCUGGGGAAAGAGCUUCUAAUACAGAGAAAAUAACUUCAGCUUCUAGUCAGGCUCCAAAGGGAAAUGCUUGCUGGGAAGAGAAGGUUCCAUAUUUGUUGAAAUGUUUGAAAAUGUGCACAGGUGCUGAGAGGUGGCACGUAUUUCUGCAAAGGAUGGAAGUGGGACUGCCCCAGCAGCUGCAGCCAGGGUUGGUCAGAUAGACAGCGGCCGGGGUGGGUGCUGCAGUCGGGCCAGCAGCUUCGUUCUGAUCUGUUGCACUUUUGCUCCAGAAAAGUGGAUCUGGACUGCACCGUUUCUCCCCGCUCUCACCAGUAGAGCAGUGCUGCUACUGCCUGCCAGGGUGGCCAUGGUGCUGGUGGGGGAGAAGGAGGGUGGGGGCUGUGGCUGUGGGACGCUGCCCCGGACUGGUUUUUUUGGUUCCCAGUGGAAAGCAGGGUCGUUCUGGCUGCCUGCAGAUCAGUCCCUGUGCCCCAGGGAUAAUGCACGAUCCUGAAACAGCAGGCGAGUCUGAGCCAGAGGCCACGUAUGCACGUGUGGGCACACGUGUUUUGUGAGUUGUCAGCUGCUGACACCAAACGGAUGUAAGUUUAGUUGACUGGAGCGAUGAUUCUGUUUUCCUCUGUUCGUAACAAUCAUAGGGAUGAAAGACCACUGCUCUGCUAAUUCUGCUUGUUCUGUCGGACAGAUUACCUGGCAGAGUAACAGCGGACUGUCUUAGAAAGGUUUUAUCUCUUGGUAAAUCAUGAGAUAGGUUUCUCUUCCUAGCACUCUUUUCCUAUUCACGUUGAGAUGUAGCAUGUUUGUAGGUCCAGUCCUUGCUCUCUGAGGCCUGGUUCUUAGAAGGUUGUCCUCUGAAUGACUUUUAUAAUACUUUAGCUACUAGGAUAAAUUCCCAUCAAGGAUGGGAACAAUUAAAGCAUAUUAUUAACACUAAGCUGACCUAGUGUUUAGUAAUCCUUUUUAGCUUUUUGAUUUUUCAAAUGUGCAUAUGACAAGUCAAAGCUUAUCCUUACACUUUACUUGACAUCUGUUUGAGAGCCUUGACUGCUGACUUGCAGAAGUUUUGUAGUGAGAGGUGGAACGCUUUCCUUGAAAGACUUUUCUUUCCCCAUGGGGAACCUUCAUUGCCCAUCAAGUAGCUGACUGAUUACUUCAGACAGCAGGAUUUCAUUGUAAAACAGUUGCUUUAGAAUCAGUAGCUGUGAUGUUUCGUAUCUCAAACGUUUUCCCUGUAUUAUACAUAAUCAAGAAUUAAACUAUAAUCUCAGUUCAGGACAGACUGCUGGUCUAGACUGCAAUUUCUUUAGCUGCUGACAUUUCAGCCAACCCAACAAAACGCCGUUGUUCUAGAUCCAACUUAAAGGAUUUUGUUUUUAAAGUGCGUUUAGGAUCUAAGAUAUUUACUGUGAGUAAGGCUGUAAUAGUUUACGGGCAGCUAGAAAAGUUGGGUUCCCCACAGCACCAACAAAAAGCUUUCAUGUAAUUUAAAAAUGAGGAUUUUAUCUAUGUCACCAGUCCAUGAUUGCUUUAUAGUCUGUUUCUUUUGACACUUCUGUGUUCCAUUCUAAGAAUCAUUUAUGAACUCAAGGAAUCAGUUUAUAAUCUUUCUUUAUAAUAAAGUCCCAUGGCUGAGAUGUGUACAAAGUUAUGAGUGAAUUAGAAUGCCUGCUGCAUUGGUUUUGCUCCCCUGAGUUUUGCUGCUUAUUCUUCUAUCCCAGCAGAGCUGCUCAGUGAUAAACUGUGAGGGAAGAAAAUUCCCAACCACUUCUCCUAUAGCCUUCUUCUGACCCAGUUUUUUGUUUUUGUAUUUGUUUUCUUCUGCCAUCUCAGCAAGUUUCCUGAAGAUAAACUUUUCCUUUGUACUUCAGCUGCCAGCACGUUAACUGAAGGAGGUGGACUGCCAUAUUUACGUAACAUCAAAGAAAAUGUCCAGAGUGAUCCUGAUGCCCAGGUAAUAACUGCUGAGAUACUAGAUAGCAUAGAUUCAUAUACAUUGUACUAUGGAAGACCUAAACCUGUCACAAGCCAUACUAAAUGAAUAGGUGCAAGUACAAUCACAUAUGUGGCUGCUGUAAUCGUUCACAAGCUGUUAUGGCAAUAUCUCGUACUGUGUUGCUUGCAGGAUCUCGUCUUAAGAAGGCCAUGCC